AUGCAGUUACUCGACAAGGCAGUCGAUUUACGGGAUUCACAAAUCUUGAACAUGCAGUCUUACCACAAAAUGAUUUGGCGACGACGUUUGAUGGCAGUAGCUACCAUUGUUGCAUGGAUUGCGGUUGUUGUACUGGUCGCUGCAUUGGCAACACCUAACUGGGCCGUGUUAGACUUCAUGAACACUGAGUAUCAACACGUUCACGUACAACUAGGUGUUUGGGGUGAAUGGAGAACAGUGAAGAAUGCUACACAUAAAACUGUGGAAUGGAUCCCUCAUUUUCCCACGCCACCCGAGAAUGUCGCGCGACUGGCUGAUGCAGAUCUUAAACACUAUUACCGAGCCCAAGCAGCUAUUGGAAUGAUCGCUCUUUUUCUCCUUUUGUCUACAGAUACGUUGGCUCUUUACACCUUCUAUCAUCAUCGAUAUGUCUACAAACGUCUCGUAGCAUGCUUAUUUCUCCUCAUAGGUUAG